ACCCAAUAAAGUAUUCGAGUUUGGAUUUUCGCUUGGGAUCCGUGAUCGGACUUCUUAAUCUCUCGCCGGAGCGCCGAGAUUGCGUAUUGCGGUCAUGGAGAGGAAGAAGCUCACUCUUCUUCAAACGGUUUUUACGGCGGGAGUCUUCUCUGCCGUCUCCUUCUGGUACGGCUUCAUGUUCGGAAGGGAAUCUGCUCGCAAGGAGCUGGGCGGACUGAUCGAAGACCUCCGUCGAGGCACCGCCGGUUCCGAGCCCACACCACGUAGUUCAUGAGUAGAACUAAGGUAACCUUGCUAGUAUCUGUGUCCAAACAGUAUACCAAAUCAUUGCUAUAUACUGCGAUCCUUUCUAGUCUAAUAUAAUCUUUUUGUACUAUGGGAAAUCUCAGAUCCGAUGAUAAUUAUCUUAUACAAACUUUACAUAUGCAUGGCAUAUGUUGCAUUUUAAGAUUCUCUUUCAUUGGCAUAUCACCUUCUUGUACUAUUGGAAAUAUCCGAUGUCAUGGACCCUCCUGACUUCCAUUGCUUUCAGGAUAAGAUGAAUAUCUCAGCUCCCCAUAAGGACCGAUCCCCGCUAGAAUUUUUUGAAACUUUUCCAUAUUUGGUUGAAAUAAUUUUGCAGGUUUGCUCGAAGAUGUAAUCAUAAAAAAAAAUAUAUAUGAUGAGAAUGCAAAUGAUUCCUGAUAUGGCUAUGUUCUGAUGUUUCUGACAGACUGAAGCACGAAAAAAUGAAGAAAGCAAAUUUGACCACCUGAGCUCUCUCUUAUCUCUUUAUUUUUUUACUUUUUCCACAACCCUAACUAACCCUUAAAAUGUCAACCAAACCGUGAAUUAUUCUAAUCCACAGUUAUCUGAUUAGGAAGUGGUUAUUGAUGGUUAACAUCCUGGUUAACUAUUCAGCAUCCUAAUGUAGCCUAAUUAUUCAAAGCAAAAAUUUUAAGACAAGCUUUAAUUUUGAU